AUGAAAGCAAUUAGGAACCUGAAUUUAGACAAUGUCAGAAGCGACUUGCGUCGUAACUUGACUCAAGUGAAUCCACUAGUCAGCGCUGAUAUGAAACACUUGAGUCACAGCAUUGCAAUAGAAAGAAAUGUAUGGAACAAUCUGAACAAUUUGGCAUUCGAGCAGAACGAAGCAGCAAAAAGCCUAGCUGUCUGGGGCAAGAGUGAAGGCGAGGAUUUAAAGGAUAUCACUGAAAAACUCUCAGAGUUAAUAACCAAAUUGUCUGAAGCAGAGGGUAAUUUAGCUGAGAAGUACUCGGAUUAUCGUAAUAUUCUCAAGGUAAUAAAAACCCGUGAAGCGACACUUCGCGAACAACGAUCCAAGAAAGAGUCUCUUUGGAAUAAAAUAGAAAAAGAAGAACGUAAAGCCAGUCAUUCAAAACGUCCUGAGACUUUUGAGCCAAAGAUUACUGAGUACAAGGAAGAACUUGAAAGAAUAGAGAAUGAGACUAUGGCUGCCGAAGCCGCGCUAGCCGAUUUCAAGCGCGAGAAAUUUAAAGAGGCAAUGAUGAUUCAGAUAAAUGCUUUCCGUCUGUUUGCAGAGAAGUUAAACAUUAUCACUACUUCUGCAAAAGAUGUGGUUGAUCAACUUCCGCUCACGCCAAUCAAGCCUGGGGAGCCUAGGCCUCCUUAUUCAGGAAAAGAAAAAACUGCUCAAUUGGUGUCAAACGCAAUGGCUGCUCUUGCACCUUACACUAUCCCCGCUUCAACUUCUCAUCUCUCAACUUCCCAUCCUUCCGCGUCUCAUGCAUCUCCUCAUACAUCCGCCUCCAAUCGUAGACUUUCACAUCCUCCUCAAUCUGAAACCAUAGCAAGCUUCCCACCUUCAUCUACUGCUGACAUUGCCGCAUCAGCUCCACCUUUAAACGCCAUUCUUCCCAGCGCUACUCAUGGAAUGUCAAGGAGUGAAGCAAAUCUUUCAUCACCGUAUGCACAAAGUGAAGAUUCUAGUGGAGUAGAUAUAGUAAAGAAGAGUGAUCCGAUAAGAAGAGGGGUGUAUGAAGAGGAUCCCAAUGAGGCAGAUCAUAGUGACUUGGAGCAAACUGAUGUUGAGGUUGAGAAAAGAAGGAUGAGUGCUGCAAAUAGUGACGGGAACGUUGAGUCUAAAUUUAAGGAAGUCCUUAACACGCCUACGAGUCCGCUUGAACAAAUGAAGGAUAGCUUGGGUUCUCCUGUAAAUGAAUCUACCGCAAAAUCUGUAUCACCCAAACUUCCACCCCGUCCACCCACCCCUGGUCCUCUGCAUACUCCUCCAAUGUCUCCUGGCGAUGAAAAUUUCCGUCCCGCGGAAGCUUCGUCUAUAUCACCGGCUACUACCAACGAGGCAGAAAAUGUCAUCCCUACUUUGAACGAGCCAGUAAAUCCAGGAGAGGACGUUGGAGGAAUAAAAACAGAGAUUACUGGAGAGAAGAAUGACCAGAAGAGUGCGGACGUGAAGACAACGGAAAUGCAGAAAGAAAACUCGCGAGAUAGGAAUAGGUUAUCUGUUGAUCAUCACGAGAAACAUGUCUCGUUUAGUGAUGUCGAAGAUGAGAUACCGUAG